AUGUCUGACGCUUUCAACAAUUAUUGCAUUGCCUGUGACCAGUUGUGCUCUCCACACUCGGUCUACUGCUCUGACUCAUGUCGUGAACGUGAUGAGCAUCCCCAGGAGUCCUCCUUGAAGCUGGCGGACAUUCCUCUGUCCGAUUCGGCGCUGGAGUCAGCUAGUCUGUUCACCACGCAAGAGCUCAACAACCUGCCAUUGCUUUUGGCGCUGGAGAUGAAGGAGUCGGACGUGCGGGACUUUUCGCUAAAUUAUUCGGUCAGCCAGGCGCCUCUGUUGGGGCCCUUGGCGUCCACGUCGCACAACUACAGAUUGUGGCUUGGCGUGUUGUAA